AUGGUUGCGCUGUCAUCACCAUAUAGUCUGGACCCAUACACAAGUCCUGUUCUGUGCUCGACGCCGUCUUUGCAAUGUCUCCUGCUCAGCAAACAGGCCACUAGUUUCCGGUCCCACCGGUCCGCUGGUUCGCUAGACUCGCUCUCUUCCGACACUACCAACAGCACCUCCAGCGCCAACGACUCGCUCGAAGAGUUUUCUACUGAAGAGUGGCAAUUGGAGUCAGACACGGAAUACGACAUGAACAGUUUCAUGUCGCUCAAGUCUUGCUGCGUGCGCAGCGAGUGUCAUGAGCACCCACUGGAGGAAGACGUUGAUGUUGCGAAUCUCAAAGCUCCCUCCAGACGGCCGAUUUUGCCUCCGCAGCCUUCGAAAACCACGAAACUGCUCAAAGCAAUCAAAAGUUUGAGGAUGCUGCCGACACACUCGGGGCUGCUUCACUUUAAUGAGCGAAUGACAGACGAUGUCUUACCGAAGACUAAAGCUCCAGAGCCAGUGUCUAUCCCUUUGCAAACUUUCAGUGUUGAAUCGCGCUUGAUGAAAACACACAGGUCCUAUACUCCCGUCUCGCCGGUUCGUGCCCGCGAGCCACGUAUCAACUCUAAUUUCCUUAGGGUCUACGCCUUAGACUACUGCUGCAAGAAUGCUGGACAUCUGCAGCUCUCCGACUACGAAAUCGAUCUCUACUACCAAGAAUACUACGAGUCUGGUUUGGAAUCCUUCGAUGAAUACCUCAACGAGGCAGGGUAUGAGAUGAGCCCUGUGAUGCGUCAGCAGCUCAAGCUGGGCGUCCUCGCAAGAGAAAAGCUGUGGAAUAGUGUCAUCCUGCCUCCGCGCGACGACCCUAUCUACCAUGUGCGCGAAAAGUACGUCUCGUGCGACAAACGAGCAAACGCCUUGGUGCGAACGUCUGGCAAGUUUGUGCCGUGGCUCAACUUGCAAGACUUCGACUCGAACAACAAAAAAUGUGUGCGUCCGAAUGGCCACACUGCUAAUCUUACUCAGUUCACCGUCAAGGGAUGGUGCAACGAGAGAUGGCUCGCUAAGACCGCUUAA